CACACUGCUGUGUAAAACCGCCCCCUGUAAUCCCUGCUCUGACAACUCAAUCCUCUGGGUUUCUUUUCUGCCUUUAAACACUAAAUUUAUAACCUAAAACCAUGGACAACAGCGGAAAAGAAAAGGAGGCAAUACAGCUCAUGGCCGACGCCGACAAGAAAGUCAAGUCGUCGGGCUCUUUUUUGGGAGGGAUGUUUGGCGGAGGACAUCACAAAGUGGAGGAGGCCUGUGAGAUGUACUGCAGAGCGGCCAAUAUGUUCAAGAUGGCCAAGAACUGGAGUGGUGCUGGUGGAGCGUUUUGUAAGGCCGCGCACCUCCACAUGCAACUGCAGAACAAACACGACUGCGCUACCAGUUUCAUCGAUGCGGGCAAUGCAUACAAGAAGUCUGAUCCCAAUGAGGCAAUCAAGUGUUUAAAUGCUGCCAUCGAUAUUUACACAGACAUGGGAAGAUUCACCAUCGCCGCCAAACAUCAUAUCAGCAUUGCCGAAAUCUACGAGGCUGAACUGGUGGACAUCGAAAAAGCAAUUGCACAUUAUGAGCAAGCGGCAGACUACUACAAGGGAGAGGAAUCAAACAGUUCGGCCAACAAAUGUUUGCUGAAGGUGGGGUCCUACUGUGCUCAGUUGGAGCAGUACCAGAAGGCCAUUGAGAUCUAUGAGCAGGUCGGUGCCAACACGAUGGACAACCCGCUGCUUAAGUACAGCGCCAAGGAGUAUUUCUUCAAAGCGUCUCUGUGCCAUUUCAUUGUGGAUGAGCUCAACGCUAAGAUCGCUGUGGAGAAAUAUGAGGAGAUGUUCCCGGCUUUCUCUGAUUCCCGAGAGUGCAAACUGUUGAAGAAACUGCUAGAGGCACAUGAGGAACAGAACAGCGAGGCUUUCACAGAGGCGGUCAAGGAGUUCGACUCCAUCUCGCGUCUAGACCAGUGGCACACCACACUGCUGCUGCGCAUCAAAAAGAGCAUCCAGGGCGAUGAGGGAGACCUCAAAUGAGAUCAAGCGGCCACCCGCACAGAUAGACUGGACAAACAAGUCGCACGCAUGGUUCCGCUCACCCUUCCCUUUCUUUCCACACAUGUGAUAAGGCACUGCUUUACAGUAACCCUUUCUUCCAAAUCCAAUCGGAAUGUUAAGCAUCCCCACAUGCUCUCCUCUUGGGUGUAGGACUGCCACAUAGCUUUUUAUUGUUACUAUCUUAGUCAAGUUCAUCAACCAUUAUAAGUAUGCAUUAUAUUUUAUUCAUAAAUACGUUGAAAAUGUAGUUGCGGGUUCAGAAAUUUCAGAACCGCGUUGACUGUUACGCAUGACAUAAGUCACCUGAUUAUUCCCCUCCACGUGGUUAUAAUACCUCAGGAUUGUUUUAUUUUUAUGACUGAUUUUUGCUCGGUUUCAAUACUUAAUGACAGCUAGGCUGCCAUGUUGGGAGCCAUGUCAUUUCCACUCCUCGCUAAGCAUGCACCUCCCCUACACAUCACUCACCAGUGUCCAGCUUCUUCUGGAUCUUGAGGGAAAACAAAAAAAAAAACUAAAAAUAGAAAGACCUUUGUGCUUGUGCAAAUGGACAAUAAAGUUGUAUUCUAUCCCUA